AUGGCUUCGUCACGUUUUACAUUUGAUCAAGCCAGUGAAUUGCUUAUGGGAUGGUAUUACAACUUAAAGGUGGAAUUUCUUGCUGAUGACGAGCUUGAUCACGAGCUGACGGUUCGAUCGGUCAUCAUAGGGGAAAGUUUGGAUAGAACACGAAAGCGAUUGUGGUUAAGGGAUCAGUUAAGAUCAGAGCGAGGAAAGUCUGCAGAUAAAAUACUACCCCACGUACCUGUUGAUCCGACUAAGGAAAUUAGUGUUUGUUCUCAAAAAUAUUCUGAACUUAAAGCAGCUAUAGAACAGGAGGAAAAUGAUGAUGCGAAAAAAUGUUACUACACGAGAUUGUUGCAUGUUGGUGUACGUAUCGUGACGAUUUUGUCAGAUGCGCGUGGCUCACCAAAUUUACAUAGUUUUUUACAAAAUACCGUCGUUGAAUUAACAGAAAUUAUUUUUUCAAAUUUUGAUGAUCCGUUAAAUUUGGGUAAGGAUAAUGAACCGUUAGAUGGUGAGAAUGCGGAUGUAGGUAACACCGUCGGUGACGCACUUGAUACAAAUGAUGAAUUAGAAAACAAUGAUCGUGGAUGUGUAAAUCAUCCAAGGCAAUCCGUUUUGUCUCAAGGGGAUAUAGAUUGGAUUCAUUCAUUGCAAGCUAGAAUUGUGGAUUUAGAACAGGAACUAAAUCAACGAAAGAACGUUAAACAUGCCGGUACCCAAACUUCUAAUCAUUUUGUUAAGCCAUCUAAUAACCAACCGAACAAAAAUCAAAAUUUUUCUCUUUCUAGUUUCUCGUAUCCUUCCUUCCAAAACCCUUCCUUACCCCUUUCCAAUUGUCCCAGAUUGCAAGAAGCGCCUCAAAACACUGCUACAAAUCAACCAACUACACCCUUAGAUAAUCCGAUUGAAGAUGCUUUACCCACCCCUUCCUUCCCUCACUAUAAUACUCCUACGAUUCCGAACCAUAGAUUUGCAAACGCUAACACAGCUUCCUUUCAGAAUCGUCAUACGCUACCAGUAUCCAAAUGGAACAUCACUAAGUAUAGUGGUGAUGAUCAAGGUUUGAAAUUAAACGAGUUUUUGGAACUUGUUCAGGCACUGUCACAGGCUGAACACGUGUCAGAAACAGAACUGUUUGAAUCAGCAGUACAUUUGUUUACUGGAUCAGCCCUUAAGUGGUAUAUGACCCAGCGAACCACAGGUAGACUGCUAAAUUGGCAGCACCUAAUAUUUGAAUUAAAACGUACUUACAUGCACCCUGAUCUUGACGCCUUGAUCAAAAUGAAAAUAUACCAGCGGAGACAACAGAAGCAUGAAUCAUUUCAUGAGUAUUAUUUCGAAUUAGAAAAACUCUUUCGCACCAUGAGUAUUCAGAUUCCAGAGUAUGAAAAGGUACAAAUUAUCCAACAGAACAUGCGCAUUGAUUACAAGCGCCAAAUGACAUUCAUUCCUAUUGUUAAUUUGGAAACACUGGUUGCCGCCGGUCAGAAACUGGAUGCGCUAAACUUUUCGGCCUACAAUAAGGUGUUUGGCACUGAGAAGUUUAUUCAGGCAAUUGAUGGGAACGAAGCAAACACAAAAAAGAAAUCGAAAACUCAGCCUCAAGCACAACAAAAGGGUCAGACGGCAGCCGUUGUCCAGCAACCAAACCAGCUUAGGAAUCAGUCUAAUACAUCCUCCAACACCCAAAACAAUCAAUCGCGCUCUAAUUAUCAAUCCAUUCAAAGUAAACAACCAACUCAGAAUCAUCAAUCGAACCAAAACUCGUCUCAUGAUUCGGUGACACAAAUACCAGUAGCAGGACCUUCGCAAAGUCAACCGCGUCCUCAAAUUACUUUAGAAGAUGUUAUAAACGCGCACUCGCCCCCGCCAAUCAACACUUGUUUCAACUGUGGAAGAAUCGGGCAUCAUUUUGCUAUCACCUGCGAACCAAAAUCGCCGUUCGCAUGGUCAAGACGCGUAACAACAAAAAAAGAUUUACCAACGGUUCCCCCGCCCUUCUGGAUAGACGCAAAUGAUAGUAAAUACCCCGAAUCAUCUGAAACGUUUCAGAUAAUUUAUCCGUUCCCAAACGACAACCGACCGUAUGCCUCCGUGAAAGUGUAUGGCUUUCCUAUUCGUGCCCUCCUGGAUAGUGGGAGUAAUCAUACGCUUAUCAGCGAUAAGCUUUUUGCACAGCUAAAAUACAAAAAGCUGGAAGGUCCACCCAAAAAGGUUUUACUUCGCUCGGCUAGUGGAGACGAAUUAAGAAUUAUCGGUCAGGCUCAUCUUCCGUUUUCAUUCGGAGGGAGUGUUAGAGUGAUCCCGACGCUGGUAGUGGAGAACAUUUCCAUAAACUGUAUCUGUGGCAUGGACUUUUGGAAGAAAUUUCAGAUCCAUCCGGCAAUGCAGGAAUUGGGAAAUAACGAGCACCAAGCAACUGUUUCGGAUUAUGAUCUACCCGCUUCUGAGUCGUAUUUGUCUGAUGAGCAAAAAGAGGAGAUCAAAAAAAUUAAAAGAUUGUUUCUUCCCGCACGAGAGGGUGAAUUAACUCUAACGAAUGGUGCACAACAUCGUAUUGUGCUGGCUGAUGAAUGGGCAAAUAAGCCUCCCGUUCGUCAGUUCCCCUAUGUAAUGUCACCUAAGACUCAAGAAUUGGUGGCUGUUGAGCUUCAGAGACUUUUAAAUUUGGGUGUUAUAGAAAGAAGUUGUUCGGAUUGGUCACUCAACUGCGUGCCAGUCAUCAAACCGAAUAAAGUAAGGUUGUGUCUCGACGCCCGAAAGAUAAACGAGAGGACAGUUCGUGAUGCGUACCCUUUGCCUCACCCUGGUAGAAUUUUGGGCCAACUUCCGAAGGCAAGAUAUUUCUCUACCAUUGACUUGUCCGAAGCAUUCCUUCAAGUGCCUUUGGAAGUGGAAUCUCGAAAAUAUACAGCAUUUAGUGUGCAAGGCAGAGGGCUGUUCCAGUAUACUCGUAUGCCUUUUGGCUUAGCUAAUAGUCCGGCUACUCUAGCCCGACUCAUGGAUAAAGUAUUAGGACACGGUAUACUGGAGCCGUACGUUUUCGUUUACCUCGACGAUAUCGUCGUAGUAACGGAAACGUUUGCGCAUCACCAACAGUUGUUAACGGAAAUAGCAUGCCGGUUACAAGCAGCUAAUCUCAGUAUCAAUCUGGAAAAAUCAAAAUUCGGUGUGACAGAAAUUCCUUUCCUAGGUUAUCUCUUAAGCACGGAUGGUCUUAGGGCUAACCCGGACAAGAUUCGUCCGAUCGUCGAGUAUGAAAGGCCUAACACCAUAACAAAGCUUCGGAGAUUCCUAGGAAUGGCGAAUUAUUAUCGCCGAUUCAUCCCUAAUUUCAGUGGAGUGACGGCUGCUCUGUCUGAUCUUCUGCAGUCCAAAACCAAAACUAUUCGAUGGAAUGAUGAGGCGGAAACUGCAUUCUGCAAUUUAAAAGAGUGUCUAAUCUCUUCGCCUGUAUUGGGCAGUCCAGAUUUUAGUCCGGAAUUCACAAUACAGACGGACGCAAGCGACGUGGCGGUAGCAGGGGUUCUGACGCAAGAACAGGAUGGAGUGGAGAGAGUAAUUUCGUACUACUCGAAGAAACUCACCACCCCCCAAAAAAAUUACCAUGCUGCGGAGAAAGAGGCUUUGGCGGCCAUUCUUUCCGUGGAUGCGUUUCGUGGAUAUAUUGAGGGAUAUCACUUUACUCUUGUUACAGAUUCAUCGGCUCUUACGCAUAUCUUGAGUUCCAAAUGGAAAGUGGGUUCAAGGUGCAGUAGGUGGGCGUUAAACUUACAACAAUUCAACAUGACAGUCCGGCAUCGUAAGGGCAAAGAAAACAUUGUGCCUGAUGCUUUAUCUCGUAGCAUUGCGGCAGUAUCUGAUUCGUCGUGGUACACUUCUAUGAAGAGAAAGGUUUUAGACCGACCAGAUGAUUUUGUAAAUUUCAAAGUAGAGAAUCAGAAACUUUACAAAUUCGUGACCUCUCAUAAUGACUAUUAUGAUUCGCGGUUUGAAUGGAAAGUAAUUCCUCCGCCUUCCGAAGUGGGACAGAUUCUCGAGCAGUGCCACGAUGAGUGUUUUCAUCCAGGCUUCGAAAGGACCCUUGCUCGAGUCCGACAAAGGUUUUACUGGCCAAAAAUGGCAGUAGAAGUUCGGCGGUACAUUCAAAAGUGUACCACCUGUAAGGAAGUGAAAGCAUCAUCAGCACCGACGGCACCCGAGAUGGGAAAAAUUAAAUUGGCAACCCACCCAUGGCAAAUUAUAUCUGUCGAUUUUAUUGGGCCUCUGCCGCGCAGUCGUCGGGGUAAUCAGCAUCUGUUGGUAGUUUGCGAUUACUUCUCGAAGUGGGUGAUGCUACAGCCGAUGAAAAGCGUUAGCAGUGUGCCGAUGUGUAACGCGCUGCGAGACCAAUGGUUCCUGAAAAACUCGGUUCCAGAGGUAAUCAUUACCGAUAAUGGUAGCAGUUUUAUUUCUAAAGAUUUUAAGGGACUGUUGGAUCGCUUUGGCGUUACACAUUGGCUGAACUCGCGGUAUCACUCACAAUCGAAUCCAGUUGAGAGAGUAAAUCGCACUAUCAACGCUGCUAUUCGGACGUAUGUGAGGGAAGACCAACGUCUAUGGGAUACGCGAAUCCCGGAGAUUGAAAUGGUACUGAAUACUAGUGUCCAUGCAUCUACAGGAUUCACUCCUUUUUUUAUCACUCUUGGCCUUGAGUUCACAGAGUCCGGUAGUGAUAACAAAUUAGCACGACAGAAUGAACAACUUACUCCAGAGCAGAUCAAUGAACGUCGUAAGCGAAUGUUUCCUCGCAUUUUUGAUAUGGUUGCUAAAAAUUUACAAAAAGCGCAUAACGCAUCCCAAUAUCGGUAUAAUUUACGACAUCGUCGCUUUUCUAAAUCGUUUGUGGAGGGUCAGUUAGUUUAUCACCGAAACAUGAAAUUAUCUAAUGCCACGAAGAAUUAUAAUGCAAAAUAUGGCAGACAAUUCAUUCCCUGUCGUGUAAAGGCAAAAAUAGGCUCAUCAUCGUAUGAAUUGGAAGAUCUGAAUGGGAAAAGUCUCGGUAUUUGGCCGGCCAUUCAUUUGAAACCCGGCUAA